AUUUGUACAACUUGGAAUUUUUUUCUUCGAAGUUUUCGUUUCAUAGCACGUGGAACGUUGUCUGUUCUUCCACAUAAAAAUCCAUCAUUGUUUUAUAAGUCUGUUCGGGUAUUAUUACGGAAUUCCGUUUAGUCCUUUCAACAUCCAACCAUUCCUAAAAUUUUUCUUCCAUGUACCUCUUUUCAGUCUCCAUUGUGCUGAACAUAAAAACACGCGUUAAAAAUUUAAAAAUGUGCGUUCAAAAAAGUACUCGAAAAGGAUUCGAAAUUUAUCUACCUUUUCCUAUCGAAAUAACUUAAAAGGUUAGAAAAAAUAAUAUAUUGAAAGUUUUUGCGUUCUUCCCCGUUCUCACUCAAUUAUUAACAAAACCAUGCUUACAAAAACAGUUUCGUACGAGCCACGCAAAGGCACUGGAGACAAGGGUGAUUUACAGGUUUUUUGCACGAAAAUUCAAUAUAGCAUAAAAUUCAAAGGUCACUACCAUAAAAACCAUGGAAAGGUUUAUAAAAAAACCAAUAACAUUAUCAUACCUUGAAUCAAAGAGACCAAGUUUAUAUUUACGAGCACUAGUGCCAUUUUUUAAAAAUAUCAUUGUUUAUUCUCUGUUAUUAUAAAACAAAGUAUAAAAAUAUAUAUCUAUUAAAAGAGCAUUUUCAUAUUCAUCAAACUAUUUGCAUAAAAUGUAAUGAGAUCCCAACUUGUGCAGGCCGUCCAAAUAUAAAAAGCCUAACAGGUCCUGGGGACGAGGUUGAUGAGAUCCAGACAGGAGUCUAACCUGCUCGCCUCAUUGGUAUUUUUUCAAAUAGGCAUCUAGAUCGUAAAAAGAAUGUAUUCUUUUUGAAAAUGAAAUAAAAGAAAAGAAGAUAUUUUAAAAAAGUUAUUAUUUUAUUAUAAAAGUUUUAUUUUUUGACGAUAUUCGACGAAGAUGGUCAGUUUUGUACGAGGAUGGUCACUCUCAGCGCUACGGCAAAAAAGCCUAACUUCAUACAGUGAAUGACAUCGUACGGAACAAUAUGACGGAUUCACUUACACCCUUAACUGGAAUAAAAAAAGGGAACUGUUAGAAAGAGUAAACACAGAUGAAAGAAUGGAAAUCACAAUUCAUGUUUGUGAUGAAACUAAAAACUUAAAGAAAGAUUUCACAUGUCCCAGGGACUUGCUGUUGGGAGAAAUGAAGUAUUUUCAAGACUAUUUAUCAGCUGACACAGAGAAAUGGGAAGAUGUUGACAUUUCUGUCCAUUGUGACAUUAAAAUAUUUGAUUGGUUGAUAAGAUAUGUAAAAAGGGAUAAAGAAGAAGAUCUACCAGAACUAGAUGCUCAAAACGCAGUCUCAAUACUCAUCUCAUCAGAUUUCUUAAAGAUGGAUCAGUUGGUGCAACACUGCAUCAAUUAUUGUCACCACAACCUGUCUGCUAUUAUUGCUAGUCCAUGCAACAUGAAUUGCAUUAAUGAUAUACUGGUAACCAGAAUUGCUUCCACAUUUGAUCAACAUCAACUUGAACAAGUGAAAGACAAGAAGGAUAAAUUCAAGAGUAAAUUAUUUUGUAAGAAGAUUAAAGACUUGUUCUCUGAAACUUACAGUAGUGUUUAUUCACCAAAUAAUGCUAGCCGUCUAUUCAGGUGUGUUCAUUGUGGUAAAAUGCUUUCAUCUGUUGUCCAGGAACGGAUUCGAUGUACAAAUUCCAGGACGACAUUGGACAAUAGGGGAAAUAUACGAUACAACCAUACACGAGAUCCUACUUGCGAUAUUACAGAAGUUUUAUUGAAUCUUAAAACACAAGGAAAGACUUGGAGACACGUAUUUUGGAGAUUGUGGAGUAUGGUGAAUUUUUUAGAAUGUUACAUUUGCGGUUGUGUGUUUGCGUUGUGUGAUUUCAAAUCAUGUCUUUACCACCCUGAAAAUCCAAUCACGAAAAGCGAUACGAAUGAAGAACUUCAGGUCUACCCGUGUUGUGAUCAAGUCAACAUUCUCUUCGAAUCCAUCAACACUAACACAGGUUGUACGUAUCGAAAACAUGUAGUUAAUUUAAGUAGUAUUAAUAGCCCAGAUAGGACGGACUUUGAUUGGUUAAGAUCUGCUGAAGUUUAUAAUGAGCUACUGAGUGUUGCUGAUCUUGUAUGUGACACCAAAUCGCAAAUCAUACCCAAAAAUUCGUCAUAUUUUAAUGUCGAUACCAUGACCAAACAAGAUCUUGAUUGCAUUAGUGAUCAAGACAGUUCUGAAAGGGAGGAUAAAGGAGACAAAAAACGUCCUUCCUCACAGAAAAAUCUUGUUUCUAAAAAACGAUCCUUUCAAACAAAGAAUAAACAGAAAAAAGCGCCUUCGGAAGAGGACGAUACUGACUUGGAUGAACAAGGUAUAGUUCGCGUUGUUAUCCAUCAGAAAGAAAGCUCUUUAAGGAACAAAAGAAAAACUUGGAAUAGUGAGCUUCCAUUUCGUUUAAACCAAGACGUGCAAAGAGAGAAUGAUUUGAAACGCAUGAAUGAACUUCUAAAAGAACUUCGUCUGCAAAAUAAAACGCACGUUCAGAAUGCUGUCGAAACCUUCGAGGGAGGUAUUUAUCAUCGGCUGGAAAGUAAACUUAGAAAUACUUUAUUACAAACUCAAAAUUUAAACACUGCGUCUACUAAAAAACCUACUAAAGAGAAGUAAAUAAAAACAAUUAUAUAUUUUUAAUAUUUUGUAAGGCAGAGCUGUCUUAUAGUUUCCUGUGUUUGAGUUAGAUAUCAUUAAUUCAUUUAAUUUUA